AUGGUUGAUCCUCCCAUCAGAAUAAGACCUGGUGAUGUGGAAAAUGGAUUAACGAUCACUAAUGGUCCAACCAAGGAUGAACCCUGUGCUGGCAAUGCUCAGGGUCCAGUGACGGCAAAUUUCAAAGCCGGUGCAACCAUCCCAAUCAAAUGGAAGAUUACCACCGCUCAUCGUGGAACCUGCACCGUUCAACUCUCCACCACCGGUAAAGACACCGAUUUCAAAGAUGUCAAGAAAUUAGACAAAUGUGCCGAUGAAAAUGGUGACUUUAGCGAGGAUGUUAAAUUACCAAAUGUUAAUUGCGAACGUUGCACUUUGAGAUUCAAAUGGGAUGCCGUGGUGACCAAUGAAUUGUACAUAAACUGCGCCGACAUCAGCAUCGGCAAGGGUAAUGAUAAGCGAAAUGUUAAGGGUCUUCCAAGCAAUUUAAGGAGUGGUAGAAUUAAUUUAGAUGAAAUAUAA